UUGUUCCUUUUCCUCUCAGCGUUUACACCAGUGAAGUCAUAAAGGAUUCUUUGAAUCCAACGUGGAGGAGUCUCGACUUUGGCUUGAUGCCAGAUCGCCUUGAUACCUCUGUUUCGUGUUUCCUGGUGAGGAUCUGGGGAGGAAAGAAAGGACAGUAUCAUCCAAUUAUCGAGUGGCGAGUGCACCUUGACGGACUCAAAUACUUGGGCCAGCAGAUUCGGGCACAUAAUCCAAACGAUGUUAUAUUUGGGUUGAAUGAUGGCUACUAUGGAACCCCCUUUAAUCAUAAGGAUCUUGCUGAGAAGAAGAGGACCAGCCUUCUGCAAGUGGACCAAAGUUGUGUGAGGAACUCCUACAGUGUCUUCUCUCUGCUCAGACUUCACACUGCCCAGCGUGCAAUAAAACAGACUCAGGUAACCGUUCAGAAAGUAGGCAAGGAAAUUGAGGAGAAGUUACGAUUAACAGCAUCAACAACAAAAUUGAAAAAGGAACGGGAGCGUUUGCAGUUGAAGGUCUUGGUGCUUCGGAAUGAACUAGAGAGACAGGAGAAGGCACUGGGACGGGAGUUGGAAGUGUUACAGAAGGAGUUGCUUGCAUUCCAGGACAAAGAAAAAGUUUUCGCAAGUAAAAGACAUUGCUUACAAGUGGAGGACACGUGUAUGAAUGAAGAAAGGAAAGGGUGUAUAGCAAAAAGAGAGCUCUUUCUGAAAACCAACGCUCAGCUGAACAUCCGGUGUCGGCAGCUCCUGUCAGAACUAUCUUACAUUUACCCUGUUGAAGUGAAUGAUCAGAAGGAUUAUUUCAUGUGUGGAGUAAAGCUACCAAAUUCAGAAGACUUCCAAGCCAAGGAUGAAGGGAGCAUCGCUGUCGCCCUGGGCUACACGGCACAUCUGGUGCUCAUGGUUUCCUAUUUCCUGCAAGUGCCACUCAGGUAUCCCAUCAUCCAGAAGGGUUCCAGGUCCACCAUCAAGGACAACAUCACGGACAAGCUUUCUGAAAAGGAGAGAGAGUUCCCCCUGUAUCCAAGAGGUGGUGAGAAGUUUCAGUUUGAAUAUGGAGUUUAUCUACUAAACAAAAAUAUCGCACAGCUGAGAUACCAGCAUGGCAUGUCCACGCCAGAUCUCCGACAGACACUACCUAACCUGAAAAGCUUCAUGGAGCAAGGGCUAAUGGUGAGAUGUGACCGGCCCCUAUCCAGUGCCAUUCCUGUACCGCGGAGACAAACAACCGCUACGACUGCUGGUUCAGAGACGCACGCCCAGUGCGGUGGCAUCCCUUCUCCGGAGAGAGGGUGGAGGCAGUCUCGUUGGAGCUCGGAGGAAGACCUGCCGCCAAGCUACAAUGUCGCGGUGAACCUGGAGGAGCCCCCCAAGGGCAGCCGCAAAGCGCGCACCACCUUGACGCUGGAAGUGCCCGAUGAAGCCUUCAAAGAGGACCUGGCGGAGUGCAACAGCCUCGGCAACGGAGCGCACAGCGGUGAGAACGGGGUGGUGUGCGGCGCGGCCCAGCCGCCAGCAGUCGGGGCUGAGCCCUCCUCUGAGGUAAACGGGGUGACUUUGCCCGCGGGCGGCUCCAGCAGCCCGCAUUCGUGCGACUACGCGCCGCCCGCGGGGGGCGGGGGCGUCUUCUGCUCUGUGGAGCGGGCCGAGGAGAUCAUGGGUCUGGAAGCCACCGGCUUCAGUUCGGACGAGCAGCUGGAAGGAUUCUGCAUUCCCAUCGAGCACGCCGUGGCGGUGGAAAGCGAUGACCAGGUUCUGGGGGAGCUGGAUGCCGAGGGCUUCGAGGAAUUCUCCCGCCGGAUCUGCGCACUGAACGAGAACGUCUCGAGUUUCCGGAGGCAUCGCAAAAGUUCUGAAAAAUGAAGCUCUCCGGCCAAGAGCCGUGAACCAAAAACAGGAGACCAAGUUGCACUUCUCUUUUGUGGUGAUUUGAUGGCGGAUGUGAGAUUCUGGGUGUUGCGUUUCUAACAGAGAGACAGAGCAAACAAAGAAUCAGUACCUGGAAGACCAAGAGGCGGGGGGGCACAGCAAAUUCAUCCAGACCCAUGGCUUUUACGGAGUGACUUCAUGCUACCCAUGGCUGCAUGUUUGUGUCUACCAGCCUUUGUGUGCCAGUAAUCUUGUAAAGCUGCCUAACCUUUUCAAUCAAGCCGGAGCCAGUCUGUAGGUCACCCCUUUCCCAGUGAAGUCAGGGAACGAGAGGGGCAGAAUCGCUGAAGGGAAUGAGAUCUGCCCAACUGCCCUGCUCAAUGCUAAAUACAUCAAGAAGCUGUCAAGAAAUGACCACCUGCUGCGUUUGCCAAGCAGAUUAUGUGCAAUGGUACCGAGCAGAAUUGCUUUGAAACUUCUGAGCCCCUUAAACCUUCUCGGGCGGAAACUUUCUACGGCCUUCCGAUGGGGUUCUGCAGAAUAAUAUAUGCUUCUGGUUUUUCUUUUGUCCUUUGCAAAAUGAACUGAGGGAAAGGUGAUUGGAAAAUAUAAUUUUUUUUUUUUUUUAAAUCAGCCAUUUGGCCAUUUGGUCAAAACCACUUUGAGAACCAUUACUCUGAGCAUCAAGGAAAUAUAGUUUCAACUCGCCAAAUAUUGCUUGCCUCCAAUUGCCUAUCUUUUGGCUACACGUCGUGCAGUCUCAGGUAUUGUUGCGCCAUUUUGAUAGUUGUCUGAACCGCUGCCCUUCAAGGGAUGCUUAGAAACUGAAUACAGGGAAAGUCCAUGAAAUGCUCUUCACAGCCCAGAACAUGAAGGCUGUGGACUUGUGCGUGCGUGUGUGUGUGUGCGUGCGUGUGUGUGUGAUAUUCACUCGUUUGCUGGUUUAAUUACUGUGAGCUUUUUUUUUCCCCCCCAUCUCCUUCUGUCGUUUCUGCCCAGCUAAAAGUUAAUGUAAACCUCUGAGAUAUUUUGUUUAAAGGAGUUUUUUUUUGUUUGUAGGUCGGCAUUUUUUUCUCCAAAUACAGUGGGUACUCCCACCCGGUAGAUGGACACAAGACGCUGGGGUAACAGCGCGGCAGGCAGCAUAGAAGGAAUGGGAGACCCGUCUUGACCCGAAACAUCACCCAUUCCUCCUGUAUAGAGAUGCCACCUGUCCCGCUGAGUUCCCCAGCAUUUUGUGUUGAUCUUCCCACCUGGCCUUGGGUCCAAUACUGCCUCUUUGCUUUCCUCUGCACUCAGGUGAUACCAAGUUCAAUACUGAGUGGGUUUUUUUGCAGAUAGAAGCCAUUUAUUUCCAUAAGUCUCCCUCACAAUUGUUUUCUCAAAAAAAUUGUAAUUAAAAUAUAAUUGACAUUGCCCAGUGAGAUUUGACCUGCAGAGUAUGUCGUACCAGCUGAACUUGAGAUGCACUGGAGUAAAUUUGCUAAUAUAACAAGGACAUUCUUUCCUCAAGAUUAAUGGCUCCUGUUACUUCAUGCAAUAACUUUAAUCAAUCUUUAUUUCCCCUCUCCCUCCCCUCCCCCCCCUCCCUAACCUUACUUUAAAACAUAACGAAAACUUAGUUCCCGAGGAUGAAAUUGGUAAAAAAAUGAGUAGAGUAUUUUGUUACUCAUAUGUUUGACUCAACUUGGAAAUUGAAUUUAAAGUAUUAACUAACUGUGCAAUCUAUGAACUUUCAUCUCGUCCUCAUUUAGGGGGGAGUCUGCCAAUAUUUUUUUCUGCCUGCACUGCCUUCAUCCCAUGUUCUGUUCAGCAAAGUACAGUCAAAGUCCUUUGUCCUUUGUUUUAAAAAAAUAAAUAAAAGAAAUAUGUUUUGGUUCUGCGCAGGGUUUGUGGCUGCAGGUAAGGGAGUGCGUUCUACCUGCGAGCAAGUACAUGCAUGAUCUCUUGAGUUUGCAAUUCCAUUUACCUCUCACGCAGUACAGCACCGAGCCCAACACUUCGCAAGAACGUUGAUUUGAAGCUGUCAGGCCGUUGAAGAGAAAGUUGGUGAUCUUUGCUUUAAAAGUAUUGGUAUUCGAAUGCAGUCAUUUCUUCCCAGUCCCCUAACUCCGUAUCAUGAUCAUCGGCUGUGUGGAUGACGUUUAAACCCGUUUCCUCGUCCUUUGUGAAGGUUGCUUGCCCUGUACCUUGGUGCUCAAGUCAUCAUUUGUGAUGAAAUACUCGUUGAUUGGGAACCGAGCCCCAACAGCCUUGUGCACACGUGGAAUAUGUCCGUCUGCAUCCUGCUGCUGUGGACCGACCGUCACGGCACUAAGUCAGUUCCAUGUUCCCAUCUUUGGAUGGAAACGUGGCCAUCUAAACUGGAGGCAUAGCCCUGUGUGACACAAAACACAACCAAGCCCAAUGAAAGAUUACUAUUUAAUCAAGCAACUCAAGUGACAGAAGCAGAGUGUUGGCUUUGCAGUUUUUGUGUCUUUUUUUCUACCAACACUCAAAUUUAAGUGUGUCUGACCCUCGACCGGCCUUCGUCUGUCAACUUCAAUGUUUUCCCAUGAAGCGGAUGCUUCUCCAGUGUGUGGCUCGGUGCACGGGAUCGGGCUGGGCAGAAGCCAGACUGGUGCUGAAAUGGGUGUUCAAACAUAAUCCAUCCAUCCUGUAUCUUAAGGCUGCAUUUGAGCACAUUGAAUCCAAUGCAGAAACAACGACCACUUUCACCAAACCUGUGCUACCUGUGCCCCUAUAAAGAACCAAAGCCCACCUUUCUCUUCAGAUCCUUACAUCCUGUAUGUAAAAAAUAAUGUCCAGGUUACUUACUCCCUCAAAACGUCCUGCAAUUUGUUUUAGUGUUGCUGCAUCUCACUGUUAUGGCCAACACAAGAUGAAGAGUGAAUAGACUUUUAAAAAUUGAAGAGGGUUUGUCAGCAAUUGUACUGAGGAAAUAUAACCUAGGCACUGAUAUGCUGUGCAUCGUUUGAAUAGACUCUGCUGCCUCAUGUGAGAAGUCUCUGGCCUAUGUUGGCUGCCUUCUGAUCAUUGCAGGCCCCUACACAGUGGAGCUGAUGCACCCAUCAGGAAUCUUGGGAUUUGAGAUAACCUCGAUCAUGUUCUGAAGAUCUGGUAUCGUGGCUUGUGAUGUCCGUCGCUGCCUCCUUACCGUUUACUGGGGAUCUGACACCCGAAUGCGGAGUCCCAAGGUUAUUCAUUGAUUGCUUAGUUGGACGUUGGAGAAGACCCAUGCGUUAGAACGCUGUGCUCAGAUUCUGACAGGCCCGUGCUGCUUUUGUCUUUAGGGCCUUAUUGAAAGAUAGUUUCCAUUAUUGACCCACGAUGCAGACGCACAAACACCAUUCGACAAUGUUUCUCAUGUUGGCUCGGAGGAGUAACGAAGGUGUGGAGCGCAACCUUGUCCUAUCCAGUUGACAGUGAGGCUGGGCUUCUGGCACAAGAUCAGGUGGUCUUCAGAAGUGCUCAGCACAAAAACACUUCCUUUCCUCGCACUUCUCCCUUGUUCUCACUCUUUAAAUUUGUCAUUCACCCCUCUUUGCACUGGUCUACUGUAAAUAACGAGGGCUAAAUUGGACAAAUUAGAUAAAAGAUGGGUAAUGAGAUGUCACGUGUGUCACCAGAUUUUAUUUUUAAAAAGGCCACAAAAUGCUGGAGUAAACCAGCGGGUCAGGCAGCGUCUCUGGACAACAUGGAUAGGUGACGUUUCUGUAAGGUGGACCUGAUACACACGACCAAGAAUAGUGAACUGCCAUUUUGCCUUGGGAUUUGAGAUUACCCAGGUCAAGUUCUGAAGAUUUCGUAUUACGGUUCAUGCCAUCUUCUUGCGGGACCCUUUAAAAAAACCUGGCACAAGAAGGGUCCCGACCCGAAAUGCCACCAAUCCAUUUUCUCCAGGACGCUGCCUGACCAACUGAGUUACUCCAGCACUUUGUGUAAAUUUUGUGUAAACCAGUGUCUGCAGUUCCUUGUUUCACCAAAUGUAAUUUAAAAGAAGACUGAGGUAAAUAAUGUGUGUGAGAUCUCGCACUGGACACGCUACACCCCCAUAUUGUUUCUUUGGGUGAUGUUAUUCACUCCUGCACUGUGUCCUUCCUUGUUUGCAUCAGUUCUGGGGUUAAACUGGCUCUAACUGAUCAGAGAUAUUAAACUCUCUGGUUGCAAAUACAUCAGGGAAUUUUAGAUGAUAAAUCAUGAAGUCCAGUUUUUACUGCCGCGCCAAAGAUUUAUCUCUAGUGAGUUGUCUUCAAACGUCUUGCACAAACAGCAUCAUGUCUCAGUCUUUCAUGUUCUGUGCAAGGACUGGGCUGGCAGUGUCGAUCUCACACACAGUAGGAUGGUCUGGUUAGUCUUAUCCUGCUGGUGUAUUAACCAGCCACGCCAUGGAUUAUUCCCCAACCAGCCGUGCAUUGUUGGCACUCGGCUCCAGACUGUAAGUUGAGCCGGCCCUCAGGAAGCAAUAGCCAGCUUGGCCGCUGAACAGCUGAAGGAUGAGAGCGUUUGGUUUACCAUGAGGCUUCCUUCAAUGGCAAAAAUGACACAAGAACAAUAAGCAGCACGACUCGCUCUCUUUGGAGGAUUCGGCACACCAGAGAAACUCGUUCUUCGCACAGAUGUCAUCACAAAAAAACAGGUGGUGUGUGGGAGGUGUUGCACUAUCAGCUGUGCUACACUAUCAUCCUUGGGCUCCAGCUUCAAUCCACCUCUCUGCUGUGUGAAGUCAGGACAUCCCCAGCAUCAACGGGUCAGAGACAUAGCAUCAUGUAUCCCUCUACCAACACAGAUUAAUCAUGGACACUUAUUAAUAGGAGCCUGCUGUGGACAAAUUGGCUACUUCAGUGCAGUAUGCUUCCCAUUUAAUCUGUAGUGCACUGAUUGCAAUGUGCUUCAGGACAUCGAUUGUUCAAUUACUUUUGUAGUUAUCUUUCCUGCCUUUUUCAUCCGUCACUUUGUGCUUAGAUUGAACAGCCAUCUGUUUUUACAGUGCAGGUCAUGUCCUGUGGAGGUCGAGCCUCCCGCUCUUUAGAAGUUCCUUCUGCAGUAUCUUGAGCAGGUUUCCAGCAGCUUGACAUUGUGAACAGUCCUCUGACUCCCAGUCAAGCCAACCCCUUGUCUUCGGGGAUCAGCAGGCUAUUAGUGGACACAACGUGCUGGAGUACCUCAGCGGGUCAGGCAGCAUCUCUGGAGAACAUGGACAGGUGACGUUUCAUCGACCCACCCCACUGGUAACUGGACACCUCCAUCCCCACCAAACAAUGCCGUUCCAACCCAAAACGUCACCUAUCCAUCUUCUCCACAGAUGCUGCCAGACUCGCUGAGUUUCUCCAGCUCUCUGUGUGUCCUUCUUUUUGUAAACUGGCAUCUGCAGAUCAUUGUAUGUCCACUGCGCCAUUAGUAUUUCCUCUCGUUGGUAAGGUUGCACCCGGGUGAGUUCACUAGAUAAAUGCAGAGUAGCUGGAUAAUUAGGUUAACACAGACUGCCCUUGAUUACCAGUGGGACGGGUUAUAGAAUAAUGGGAGCAGAAUUCACAGAGCUAGCUAGCUUGCUGGUGGUGGGUUUGUGAGAAUGAUUUGGGUGGUGCAGUGUAAUUGGUCACUGCAGGGGAACAUUAAACUUCUCUCCUGCUUGACUGUGUUGUAUGUCCCCAGUUGCAACAGCUGGCAGCUCCAGCAUCAGUGGUGACUAUUGCUUGCCAGUGAUCCUGCCUCACUAAUUGCCAGUCUCCUGGACCUGACAUCUCUAACAUGGGGGCAGUGCAGGGUGCUAGGAUGCAUUCUGGGAGACUUUGUCUCAUGAACUUCAACCCCGCACACCCCACUGGUCACUUGACACUCCCUUCCCCACCGGGCAAUGCCCUUCCACAGCCCAAUCAAAACAAAAACCCUUGCACGCUUUCUCUUACCUAAAGCCACUUCACCUUGACUCCACACUCAUCUGCAACAAGUCACUGAAGCCUCUCUGAGGCAUCUCCAGAGUUUAAGUUUGGAUACUUGUGCAAUAACUGUUUUGACACUUUGGUGACUAACUAACGUCCCACCCACCAUGAGAUUGCUUUCAUUUCAUCUUGUGCACAGAAUUCAUUUUUUUUGCUUUGAAAUUGUUGCACUGCACUCUUCUCCCACUCCUAUCCCCGCAUCACUAAACCCCAAGCGCUGUUUUAACCUGAGACACUUCCUUGGGUGGGUGUGGGAUGGGGCAGGAGCCCAGUCUUGUAUCCAGCAGCUGUGCUACCAGAGGUCCCCUUCGAUGCUCGACCUGCCACCUAAACCUUUUCCUGAAGUAGUCGCGAUCCAUGCAGGAACUUACUCUCGCCAAUCUAAGGAUCAGUUAGCUGUAGCCUUCACUGUUUUAUGACAGUGAGAGUGGGAAUGUGAUGGGGAGGGGUUUUGGAAUGGACAGCAGUGUUGAAACUCCAUAGAUACUGGGGUCAUUGCAGACACAGAGCUGGGAGACACAACUGCUCGCUUGCCUUUCCAUAAGGAGAAAUGUGGCAGGCUCAUGACAUGCUGCCUCAGUUUUAUUCUUAAAUUGUGCCGCCCUGCUGUGAAUCCUUGCCCCCAAGCAUAGGUCACCCCCGUAAUUACGCAGUCUCUUCAGUGAUGAUGAUGAUGAUGUGUUGAUUUGAAUCUUCUGCAGACCCGAUGUUGCCAGUUUGCCCCAGAAAGGCAGAGCCAAAGGCCAUGGAACGAUAUCCAAACUGCUACAGUUUGGCCCCUAGUUUCUCCAUUCAAUUCCAGUGGCAUCAAGUUUGCCAGAAUCACUGCUGAACCAUUUGUAGUUAAAAGCGCCCUUCCCCUCCCCCCCUCUCACUUUGGUAAAUAAAACCCUUUUUUAAGGUCUCUAUUUAUUAAAAGAAAAAUAUGCAGUGUUUAUUUAACUAGUUACUCCUGCAAGCGGUAAAAGGCUAAUCAUUUGCAACUUGUACUCACAUUCUUGCUAAUGAUUCAAGUGUCAAUGAAAAUUAUCUUGGUAAGCAAAAUGGAAUAAAAUAUUGUUUUACCAUA